CUAACCCCACAUGGCUGGAGAGCGAAGAAGCGCUCCAGUCAAGUGAGAGGCAGUGACAAGUACACAGAGAGUUGACUCACUUUAAGUAUCAUGCCGAGGUCUUUCCUGGUGAAGAGUAAGCGGGCCCACAGCUACCACCAGCCCCGAUACGUGGACGACAUCUCCAUCGGCCUGGAUACGCUUCUGGCUCACAUAAGCGCAGAGACAAAAUGUCAAGUGGACUCGAAUUUGGAGGCCGUGACCACGGACAGGCUGUCCCCGGGGCCCCAGGUCCUGUCCCCGGGUUCUCUGCCGUCCAGUUCCCCGCGGAGUUGCGGUGCGAGCGACCGAGCCUCGGACUGUGAUUUGUGGCGUCCUCCGUCCCCGUCCUCCUCUCCAGAUUCGGAAGAAUGCUCUACACCGACUGCGGAGGACGGCCAACACUUCAACAUGUCCCUCUUCCCCGCUUACCCCUGGUGGUCCUACCCCUCGUCGGACCUGAGGCACGCCGGCCCGGCUCCGUACCACCGACGCCUGGACCAGCUGGACCUGCAGCAGGGCCGCGCCGAGCCUCGGACCAAAGGAUGCUAUCAGGACUGCUCGGCUCCGAUCCAAAUCCAACAAAUGUGCGGGAGGAGGAAUGCUGACAUGUUUGGGGACUUCAAGGAGAAGCCACGUGGGUCUGAAAUUAUCAAGAGUGAAGAGGAGUUUAUGUGCGUCAACCAGCUGGACCCUGGUGAAGCCUAUAAGUGCAUCAAGUGUUACAAGGUGUUCUCCACGCCCCACGGCCUGGAGGUCCAUGUCAGGCGGUCACACAGCGGGACACGUCCUUUCGAGUGCGGGAUUUGCGGCAAAACCUUCGGCCACGCGGUCAGCCUGGACCAACACAGGGCGGUACACUCACAGGUAUGUGCGUUAUACAUCUCAAUCACAGCGCAAAAACUGGGGAACCCCGAUAGGCGUCACGUUGCGUUUAAAGCGACGCUUGCACGUAAAAAUCCAAACAUGCUUGUGUGUACAGGAGAGGAGCUUCAGCUGCAAAAUCUGCGGGAAAAGCUUCAAGCGCUCGUCCACGCUGUCCACGCACCUUCUCAUCCACUCGGACACGCGGCCGUAUCCGUGUCAGUAUUGCGGGAAGAGGUUCCAUCAGAAGUCGGACAUGAAAAAGCAUACGUUCAUCCACACAGGCGAGAAACCGCACAAGUGCCAAGUGUGCGGCAAGGCCUUCAGCCAGAGCUCCAACCUGAUCACGCACAGCCGGAAACACACGGGAUUCAAGCCCUUCGCUUGCGACCUCUGCGGCAAAGGCUUCCAGAGAAAAGUGGACCUGAGGAGGCACAAGGAGACCCAACAUGGACUCAAAUAAUCCUUUCCCUUUCCAAGCCUUAAUUGCACUUUUUUUUCUAUGUUGUUGUUGUUUUUUGUUUUUGCUAGAUUGACGCAUAAAAACACAAUUGUGCUGUUGACUAUUUAUUAUUUAGCCUGGCAAGACUGCACUGGGUUCUGUUAUUUCCAUGAUGUACAUGUAUGCUUGUAU